GCGGUAUAGUUUAGACUGUACAACCGUGGACUCUAAUUAUAUUUUACUCUUAAGAUUUCCAAACAAAACCUUCCCAAAUAAUCGUUUUGCAUGCACACAGUUCGUUUAAUUUAGUUGUCACACUUUCCUCAACACGCGCUUAGAGCUAGGUCGCAGAUUAGAUUUACUCUGUGCGUGUUGACUUGGUUAUAUUAUUGUACUUGAUAACUUUUUGCAUGCCAACUGCCAAGCAAUGAAAUUAGUUAUAUGCAAUGAAUAAUAAUAAUCCACAGAAUAUGAAUUAGCAUUAGUGAUUAGUGUUCAUUAUUUAUUGUGUGUAAGCAUGAGUGAUUCGUAUACUGAAGCCUAAAGGUAACAAAGGUUUAUUUGUCAAUUAAAUAUCAAAAUCACCAAUUUAGUAUUUCUGGUUGCUAGUCAAUUUAAACACCAAAACGUAUACAAUUUCCCAGUUUAUAAUUGAACUCGAUUAAUAUUGUAUGAAUUUGUAUUAAGCCGAGUCAUUAAAAUGUACAGUUUUAGUACUUAUUUUCUUUAUUUCGCUAUUUUCCAGAGUAUACUGUGUAAAUCAAAACCCAUAGACUAUUCGUCGUACGAGUUCACUGGUCAAGACGAUAUUGUGCCGUUGCUCGAACAUGGUUUUGAAACUUCGGAAAAGAAACACUUGCGCGCUUCAAGAGUGUUCAAAUACCGUAAUAUGGGUUCGACCAACUCUACCGGUGGUCCGUACUGCUACAAACUCAGGUACACUACCAGAUGUACGGAGAACAAAGCAUGGAACGACAUAGUUUUGAAUCGCAUGUUGGCCAAGUGCCUUCCGAACUUGUGUACUUGUAGCAAAUCGGAAAUGUGUCAAAUAACGCAUGCCGCUAAAUUCGUUAGCCCGACAACGAUACAUACUCGUAUGACAACCACUCCGAGGACGUAUCAAACGACCGUUCGGACCAUAUGCAAACCGACCCCGCGCCGAACGACCGCUUGCAAACGGACCACGCGCCGAACGACUACUUGCAAGCCAAUCCCGCGGCUAAUGACCCAUUUUCAACCGACAACUUGCAAACGGGCCGCGUACCAAAGGUGUACUCAUAAAUCAGCACCCGUGUAUCGAACGAGAGCUACCUUCACGCGCCAUAGCAAGAAAUGUAAGUCGUGCAUCGUUACGCUGGAUGGACAUAACCAAGUGUCGACUUAUGCGAUGAAGUCCCGUUUCAUAGUUCCUACCACGCGCCCUAGAGCCUUUACGUCGAAUUAUAAGACCGCCACCGCCCAGAGUACUACUGUCGUUGAGUUGCCUAUAGCAACACCGACUUUUGAAAAAAAGCUCGAACCGAGCACGUAUGGGUUUCUGUCGAAGGCCGGAGCCAAGUGGACUAUAGACUAUACCCGCGACACGGUUACAGUGCAGAUGACCUCUCACGUUUGCCGGCGAUCGACAGAUCUGGCGUCCGAAAUCACCGCCCCGUUCAACAAUAAGUUAAUGUCGACCACGGAGCAGAAACAUGCCAGCACGUCUACGGCAGUCCCUAAGCUGUUUUCGAUAAUGAACUUGCCGUCGCCGCCGCCGCCGCCAAUGAUAUCUACCGAAUACCCACCAUUUUAUUACUGAGAGUAAUAGGUAUACCCGUGGGUGAUCGACAGCAAGAGAAAUGUCUAUCUCGAGUUUUGUUACACUCGGGUGAGACCAUAUUGCCACAGAAAGAGCGUCUAAUCUGGUCGACACGAGUCACGACAUUGCAGGGAAACUUAACACUUUGGACGUACAGCGAACAGAGUUUAUGAAUCCCGUCAGAAUACAGAGUCAUUGUGGGUCCGGUAUAAAAAAAAACCGAACGAACCCAAGUUCGCUAUUAAUGUCUUGUCAGGACAGAAAAUAUCGCUAUUAAUACAACAUUCGGAAUAACUCACUAAACUCAAUAAAACAAAGAGAUGAGAGUUAUUCCUCCUAUUCAGACAUGUUUGAAACGUUGUUAUAGGGACAAGACAAAUAGCUAACAGGUAGCCCGACAUAAUAACGUUGUCUAAUAAUUAUAUUUAUGUAACAAUUCAUAAAUAAAAUGU